ACGAGCUCGACGUCUACCUGCAAUGCUGAUGCCCUUCCAUCUCACUUCACUCUCCUGACUUUUGCAUCGUGAGGUACAUUUGCUCAUGCUGUGGGACUCAAGAUGACUGCCGAGAUCGUAGCAAGAGAUGUCAGGCUUCCAACCGACCGUACUAUUGCCUUUGCCAUUUCCAUCGUAGCCUCCAAACCUGAGGAGUUGAGCAUCAGAGAAUACAUCGCACUCCUUCGACAGCAUAUCGCACCAGACCGCCGCGAGCAUGCCCUCAGCUCUUCGCAUAACCACCUGGACAGGUCAGCAUAUUGGCGCUCGCAAUACGAGCGAAGCAACAACGCACGCCGAAAAGCCGAGUAUGAGGCCACUGGUCUCAAACUGGAGAUUGCUAAGCUAAAGGAGCAGCUCACUGAGCAGAUUCCCGACGGUGCUGCUGGCAAGAAGCGCAAGAAGGCUGAUGGGAACGAUGUCCUCGUGCCGCGAUCACCAAAGCGACCGAAGCCAUCUGCCGCAGUGAUGACCCGAGCCGCUGGCUCCGCAGAAAUGAUCGCAGAGUUUGAUUUCACCGGCAUGGGUGCAGCUUGCGACACGCUCAUGCGCAGCUUCUACCAGGUCAAUUGCAUCCUCACAACCAGCCAGAAGACCAAUACUCCAGUCCUCGCGCAAAACUGCGUUCAGGCUGCUUCGGCAGUGGUGCAAGUGAUCCGACAGAUUGUGCUGAACGGCAGGACAAGUGAUGAUCCCAAGACGAUUUUCAGAGCUUCCAGUAGAGCUGUCCUGUCCCUCACAAUGGGGUUGAAUCGACUGAGCCACGUUCAGGAUGGUGUCGCCGUCCAAGGCCACGUCAUAUACGCAUAUGUCCGCAUGUUCGCACAUCUCGUUGAUAUCGCCUCGGAGUCUGUCCAAUCAACUGUACUGGCAUCUGACAACGCUGUACGCCCAGAGACAGCAACGAGGAAACGAGGAAAAUCGAAGAUGGCAUCAAAGCAGGCUGCUCAGGUGUCGGAUCCUGGAACACACCCAGCCAGGGAUAUGUUGGCGACAUUCGUGUUUGACAUCGUUGCGCAGUUGGACUCCAAGAAUGAAGCGCACAAAGCCUUGUUCGAAGGGUACACGUACGUCGUACUGGAGAAGCUAGGCUCCCACUUGUAUACGCUUGUCUUCGGCAUUCCGCGGGCCGCGACGAUUGAGGGCGAAAUCUCGACCGUUCAUGGCGAGGAUGUCGACAGAGAUGGCAACAAAUCCGAAGACGGUCAAGCGAAGGCCGCAAGACUCGAGGCUUCGUUUCUCCUCCAGCUCAUGAAGCGUAUUGUGGCCAUCGCGCCGGAGUACCUGGGGACAAUCAUGAGUACUAAACCAGCGAUGUCGAAAAAGGCUGGUGUCCGAGAUGGCGUGAAGGGUGCUUUAGCGAGUACAGCCCUGAAGCGUCUGCAGCAAACUCUGAUCAAAUGUGCGUUUGGUGCGGAAGAAUCCCACGGUGCUGAGGGAUUGCAGGAUUGCCUCAAGAUGCCAGUAAUGGUCGAUGCGCCCUUGGCGAUACCAGAGGUCAAUGAGGCUGACGGACGGGAAUGGUUCAUCCGAGAGAUGUGGAGGCUCUUAGGAUGGCAGAUCCUUGGUCAGGAAGAACAGCUUGUUUGAGAAGCGAAUCAACCCCCGUGCAACGUAGACACGAAGACGAUGUUGUCGUUUGGCUGCAGCUCGUAGCGGUCUUCGCCUUCGAGCUCCCAGUC